UAAAGUUUUCGGUUUUACGGUAAUAGGGAAUAAAUAGUUAGUUUUUCCUGAAUCCAACUAUUUAGAACAAUUGCUCUUUUCCCUGUGCCCUUCUCUCUUGCGCCUUGCUUGUCCAUUCAUUAAAAAUGUCAGCCGAGUCCGCCUCUGCUAUUCCGAAAGGCCAAGUUGAUUUGCUGGACUACAUCGACUGGUCUGGAGUUGAAUGCCUUAACCAGAACAGCACCGAUUCCCACUUCAACGCCCUCAAGCAGGGAUACAGAGAAGAUGAGGGUCUGAAUCUUGUGAGUGAUGCUGAUGAGCAGCUUCUGAUUUACAUACCAUUUAGUCAAGUUGUUAAACUUCACUCUAUUGUUCUCAAAGGUCCUGAGGAGGAAGGGCCUAAAACAGUGAAGCUAUUUUCUAAUAAGGAACACAUGGGAUUCAGUAAUGUCAAUGAUUUUCCUCCAAGUGACACAGCUGAUUUAUCUGCCGAUAAUCUCAAGGGAGCACCUGUCAACUUGAAGUAUGUUAAGUUUCAAAAUGUUCGCAGCUUGACAAUUUUCAUCGAGGAUAAUCAAUCUGGUAAAGAUAUUACAAAAGUUCAAAAGAUUGUCCUGUAUGGAAGAACGGUGGAGACAACAGAUAUGAAAUGUUUAAAGAAGAUUGAGGAUCAUUAACCCAUGAAAAAAACCAUGAGAAGAUCAAUCCUUUUGCAAUCAUAUUGUGAAGAUCGUUUUGAAUCAUUCUUUUAAUUACGUGGUUGCUUUAUUGUACUUGUAUACCAAAAAUUAAACUCUUCGAUCCCAAGAUUGUUAUCUUGUGUUAAGGUGGUCUAUUUAACUAUUUUACAGAGUACUCCGUAUUGUGUUAAGGGAGUCAACGAUUGUACCCCC